AAAAAGCAAGUACGCGCAAACUCAUUACUUCUCCUUCUAAGCUACCUCGGGUCUCCUCCGCCAGCGGUUUGCUCCCAGUUUCUCCCUCAUUUCUCUCUGUGAAAAUCGCAAUCCAACUUAAGCCACCGCCGAUCGACCCAAUGGUGCCACCACCUAACCACCAAGCCACCCAGCAAUUCCUCUCCUCAGUCCUCUCUCAACGCGGCCCCUCCUCCCUCCCUUACACUGAAGAUACCAAAUGGCUAAUCCGCCAGCACCUUCUCUCCCUCAUCGGCACUUACCCUUCUCUCGAACCCAAAACCGCUACCUUCACGCACAACGAUGGUCGUUCCGUCAACCUCCUCCAAGCCGACGGCACCAUUCCCAUGCCAUUUCAGGGGGUCACUUACAACAUUCCGAUCAUCAUCUGGCUCAUGGAGUCCUACCCCCGCCACCCACCUUAUGUCUAUGUGAAUCCCACGCGUGAUAUGAUUAUCAAGCGGCCUCACCCUCAUGUUAACCCUUCAGGUUUGGUCUCCAUUCCUUAUUUGCACAAUUGGAUCUACCCUAGCUCUAAUCUCGUCGAUCUAGUUCGUGAAUUAAGUACCAUUUUUGGCCGUGACCCUCCUCUCUAUUCCCAACGCCGCCCAAACCCUAAUCCUUGUCCGAGCCCUAGCCAAAACAUCAACCCCAACCCCAAUUAUGCUGCGAAUCCAUCAAAUUUAUCGCAUUCUUCGAGUUUGGGAUCCGUGGGCCCUGCUGGAGGGCAUGUUGGAUAUCCGCGUCCGAUGAAUAGGCCCUACCCGCCAUCUCCGUACAGUGGUAGUACUGGUGGGCCGCCAGGGCGGCCACAAACGGAGGAUGCUGCGGAGGUUUAUAAGAGGAACGCGAUCAAUAAAAUUGUGGAGACCGUUCAUGUGGAUAUCAUGCAACUGAGAAAAGCAAGGGAGGUGGAGAUGGAGGGUUUAUUCAGUGCGCAGGCUGUGUUGAGGAGGAGGGAGGAGGACAUUAAUAAGGGGCUUAAGGAGAUGCAAGAUGAGAUGGAGGGGUUGGAGGCGCAAUUACAAGUUGUAUUGAUGAAUACAGAUGUCCUAGAGGCGUGGGUCAGAGAAAACAGUGGGAAAACGAAAGGGAAUGCAGAGGAUUUGGAUGUGGACAAUGUGUUUGAGUGCACUGAUGCUCUAUCAAAGCAGAUGUUAGAGUGCACAGCAGCUGAUUUAGCAAUUGAGGAUGUUGUUUAUUCCUUAGAUAAGGGAGUACAGGAAGGGGCAGUGCCCUUUGAUCAAUACUUAAGGAAUGUAAGGUUGUUAUCAAGGGAGCAGUUUUUCCAUAGGGCUACUGCUGCAAAAGUUAGGGCCACCCAGAUGCAGGCUGAGGUUGCUAGUAUGGCUGCUAGAGCGCCUCAUUAUGCUUCUUGAAUGAUUAAUGGCGUUGUGCUACAUUUUGUGGCUAUUCGAGGCUGAUAAAGAGCAUCCUCAAAGGUCUACAGAUAUUUGGAUUGCAGUAAAUGUAUAGUAAGAAGCAAAAGUUUUCAGUUUGAUAUGGGAGGUUUGAGGUUUCAUUAUUUUCAGUUUAAUUUUGAGCAAAAAAAUCUGGCGACGAGACCCGCAUUGGUAAUGAAGAAGUCCGGAGGGAUCUGUUUGCUUAAUAAACAAUCAUUCAUGUGAAUUUAAUGGAUGGGAAUGGACGGAUCAAAUUUUGGUCCAUUCUCUUAUAUAGUGUGAUUUUAAGGCACUACAGUGCUAUUAGUACGGGUAGGAUUAUAUUUGAGUAUUUUGAAGGGGACUUUUCCCA